UGACAAGAGACCGAUGGCCGCCUCCGCCUUGCUCGUCUCCAGGAGAGCAGCAGCCGUCAACAAGCUCCGUCCCUCUGCGGUCGCUGCUCUUUCUCGCUCCUUCACUGCCUCGACCUCCGUCGCGCCGAGUCCAGGAACUGUGGAGAGCAGCGUCGCCGUCCCCCGCCGCCGCGAUGCGGCUCCGGUUCCCCGUCGUCAUCGGAGUGGGGACCUCUUCCCCACCUUGGGAGAUGCGUUAGAUCCUUUCAACCCGCGGCGGAGCCUAAUGGACGUGUUCAAUAUGGUGGACCAGAUGUUGGAUUUCCCGUUCGGGGCUGGGAGGGGAACCGCCGGCGGAGCGUGGCGCGGGUGGGACGCCAGGGAGGACGACAAGGCGUUGUAUCUGAAGGUGGAAAUGCCGGGACUGGGAAAGGACGACGUGCAGUUGAUGGUAGAGAAUAACACUUUGGUGAUUAAAGGAGAGGCAGCGGAGGAGGGAGAGGAAGGCGGCGAAGUGGAACAGGGGGGAGACGAAGGAAGGGAAAGGGGGAGGCGUAGGUACAGCAGUCGCAUCGAACUGCCGGAAAACGAGUACGAAUUAGGAGGAGUCAAGGCGGAGAUGAAGAACGGAGUGUUGCGAGUGGUGGUGCCGAAGGUGAAGCCGGAGGAGCGCAAGGACGUCCGCCAUGUAUCCGUCGAGUGAGCGAUGCCGCCGCCGCUGCUUAGUGGAUGUAAUUAUUCGUGCCUUAAGUCUGUGCCAUCGUCGUGUCGCAAGUGUUCGUGUGAUAUGAGUAAUAAAAUAAUGCGCAGUAGCUGCUUUUGGGAAUAUAAUAAGU